AUGAAACUACACCACCUCCAUCUCCCCAACCUCACGACCUACGCCCACGCCUCCGCCCUGCAAAGCACGCUCGUCGCCCGCCUCCUCGCCCACAAAGCCAAUCCCACAACCCCACCUCCACCCCCAGCUAUCAUCACCGCCCAAUUCCACCCCGUCUACACCUGCGGCCGGCGCGAGGUGGGCACAAUCACCCCACAGCAACUCGCGCACCUCACAGCCCCCACACCCCACGGCCAAGCCGACUUCCACGAAGCCCUGCGCGGCGGGCAAACCACUUUCCACGGCCCAGGCCAGCUGACCGCUUACCCCAUCUUCGACCUCCGCCGCCACGCCCUCACCGCCCGCUGCUACGUGCACUUCCUCGAAGCCUGCGUUAUGCGCACGUGUGCGCGGUACAGCGUGGAGACGCGGCGGACGCAGAACCCGGGCGUGUGGACGGAUGAGGAGCACAAGAUUUGUGCGGUGGGGGUGCAUCUGAGGCGGAAUGUGAGUAGUCAUGGGGUUGGGUUGAAUGUGAUGACGGAUAUGGGGUGGUUUGAGAGGAUUCAGGCUUGUGGGCUGGAGGGGAAGAAGACGACGAGUUUGCUGCUGCAGGGGGGAGUAGAGGGCGUGGAGGAGAUUGAGGAGGGCGAUCUGGAACUUGACCCUUGA